AUGGCCAAACCAAAGGUUGUUGGCCACCGAGCUAGGUUGGCUUUUGAUGGUGAAGGUCCAAGGAAGAUUUUUGAGACCUCUUUCGGGUUAAAAAGUAUGGACAAAGUGGUGGAGGCAGCGGAGCUGGUGAAGAAAGAAUGGGUCGAGGUGUAUGUAAAAACCCUACACCACAUAAAGGAUGGUUUGGCUUUGCUUCGGUGCUUACAGUUCAAGCUCGAUCUUCUUGCACCGCAGUUGCCCACCCAUGAAGAUGUGCAGUUGGCUCAAUCGAUGCUUCAGUCGUGGAAGACCCAAUGCCAGGGUUUGCGAUUGAAUUUGAGAAAUGCCAAUUUGCAAGCGAAGGAUAACAUGAGGAAAGCUGCUCAGAAAGUGAGGGAACAACUCCUUGGUGGGGGAGAAGAGUCUACGAUUAGAAGACGCAACUUGCGGACAAAAGCUGGAAUGACAUCUGCUGCAGAGAGCAUAACAGCGAGUCUUCGCCGUACUCGCCAACUAAUGGUUCAGGAGGUGGAAAGAAGUGCGAGUACGCUUACGACAUUUGAGGAAUCAACAGGAGUAUUAAGAAAGGCUGAAACUGAAUACAAGGGGCAUCGCUCACUGUUAAUGCGAACUCGAAAUCUGCUCUCCACGAUGCAACGUCAGGAUGUUAUUGAUAGGUUAGAUGGAACAAGUUGUUCCAUUUAUAUUUUAAUCUUGAUAUUAUACUUGUUCAAAACAGGCAAACAUGUAGCCCAAUAGUAGAGUGUUGGGAAUGCAACCUAGAGGUCACUUGUUCAAUUUCUAGAAACAGUCUCUCUACAUAUUAUGUGGAAGUUUGUCUGUUUACAUUCUGAGUGUUCAAG